UAGAGGAUCCUCUACAAUCUUAAAUAGUUGGUAUGAUUCGUUAAAUGUUUCAGUAGCCGUUUUGAAUUCGAAAAUGCAUUACAUUAAAGCAUCUGCUGGAAUUAAGCUUAAAGCCAACCGAGGGCUUCGGUAUAUAUGGGAUGGAAACAAUACGCAUCGAUCCGGACCGCUUUUAUAUGAGCCAACUCAAUCACACCUUCUUUUCGUGGUUAUAUGUUUGCUCUGCUGGCCAGGGUUUUACGCACUACCACAUCCCGCUGAGGAAUUACCAAUGACCUUUCCACAAGAGCCAAAUGGAGUGAUCGAAUACCAUCCGCAGUGCUUCUAUGCCGAGGAAGAAUUAUGUGACAAAACUCUAUCGAAUUGGCAACAACAAACUUACGAUCAGCACACACGCUUAGGCACGUGUCAUUGUCGGCCAUACACCAAUAUGCCGACAUCAUGGUAUUGCUGCAACAUCACACACAUGUCAAUGAUCUCAUCCUGCAGCAACACAACCACCUGGACGAAUCUGCAUUUACGCAAUGUCACAUUGCCCGAAUUGGAUCUGUCGAAUUUCCUCUAUCAGAAACUACAAUCCCUCGCAAUCACCGACGGUAAAAUCACCAAAUUGGUGGGUAGCUUUUCACGAUUUUCCUCCAUCAAGUGUCUGAAUGUAUCCAAUAAUAACUUGUCGGAAAUUACUCAACGUGGUUUAAUACCGCCAACGUUGAAAGUGCUGGACAUAUCAAAGAACAAUUUGACGAGCAUACCGAACUUUAAUCAAAAUCAAAAUAUAACCGUGGACGUGAGUGGCAACAACAAUUUAGUUUGUUAUGACAUGUACAAAUCCAUUUUUAGUGACUCGCUCAAAUUCGUCAAUCAGCAAAAUUCAUAUUGUUUGCAUAAUGCAAAUUUUGGUUGGUUCAAUUCAACCGAAUUGAUAUCCAUGAAAGAACUGGUAAAAAUGCGAUCGUCGAACACGGAUUGUCCCAGCAUACCAGGUUAUGGCAACUGUACUUGCAAAUACGAAUACCUGUUGGCCACAUUAUCGAUCAUAUCAAAGGUCGACUGCUCCAACCUUGGUCUCAUUGAGCUGCCACCAAAGCUACCAGAAAACACUUUCUCGCUGAAUGUUUCGAAUAAUAAGAUUACAAGUAUUGGUAAACACUUUCAUACGAAUCCAACCUAUCGUAACUUAAUUGACUUAAUUGCGGACAACAACAAUAUUUCGAAUAUAUACGAUUUCGAAGGAACCGCCUUUAUGGAUCACUUCCAAAAGCUUUACUUACGCAACAAUGCGAUCAGCAGUCCAACUCAAUCCCACCUUCUUUUCGUGGUUAUAUGUUUGCUCUGCUGGCCAGGGUUUUACGCACUACCACAUCCCGCUGAGGAAUUACCAAUGGCCUUUCCACAAGAGCCAAAUGAAAUGAUAGACUUUCAGCCACCUUCGCCACCAACCUUAUCGCCCUUACCAAAGAUUGACUUACCGACAGCUGACUCUGAGAUAAUCGAAUACCGCCCGCUGUGCUUCUAUGCCGACAAAGAAUUAUGUGACAAAACUCUUUCGAAUUGGCAACAACAAACUUACGAUCAGCAGACACACUUAGGCACGUGUCAUUGUCGGCCAUACACCAAUAUGCCGACAUCAUGGUAUUGCUGCAACAUCACACACAUGUCAAUGAUCUCAUCCUGCAGCAACACAACCACCUGGACGAAUCUGCAUUUACGCAAUGUCACAUUGGCCGAAUUGGAUCUGUCGAAUUUCCUCUAUCAGAAACUACAAUCGCUCGCAAUCACCGACGGUAACAUCACCAAAUUGGUGGGUAGCUUUUCACGAUUUUCCUCCAUCAAGUGUCUGAAUGUAUCCAAUAAUAACUUGUCGGAAAUUACUCAACGUGGUUUAAUACCGCCAACGUUGAAAGUGCUGGACAUAUCGAAGAACAAUUUGACGAGCAUACCGAACAUUAAUCAAAAUCAAAAUAUAACCGUGGACGUGAGUGGCAACAACAAUUUGCUUUGUUAUGACAUAUACAACUCCAUUAUUAGUGACUCUCUCAAAUUCGUCAAUCAGCAAAACUCAUAUUGUUUGCUUAAUUUCACUUUUCGUUGGUUCAAUUCAACCGAAUUGAUAUCCAUUAAAGAACUGGUAAAAUUGCGAUCGUUGAACACGGAUUGUCCCAGCAUACCUGGGUAUGGCAACUGUACUUGCAAAUACCACACAUUAUCGGGCGAUUUAGAGGCGACAACAAAAACCAUAACAGAAGUUGAUUGCUCCAACCUUGGUCUCAUUGAGUUGCCACCGAAACUACCAGAAAACACGUUCUGGCUGAAUGUUUCGAAUAAUAAGAUUACAAAUAUUGGUAAACACUUUCAUACGAAUCCAACCUAUCGUAACUUAAAUUACCUAAUUGCGAACAACAAUAAUAUUUCGAAUAUAUACGAUUUCGAAGGAACCGCAUUUAUGGAGCACUUCCAAAGGCUUUACUUGCGCAACAAUGCGAUCAGUAGUAUCCCCGAGUAUUUCUUGAGCAACGUAUUGGAUAAUCAUGAUGACGGACGCAUUAUCUUUCUCGGCGGCAACGAAUUGAAAUGUGACUGUAAUUCAGCUAAAAGAUUGAAGUAUUGGCUGUUAGAGCACAAUCGUGACAUCCCUGAUUAUAAUAGUAUCAGAUGUCGAAAUCUACCACAAAAUGUUAUGGAAUUGCGUGAGGAGAAACUAUGCCAGUCACCACACGAUUGACCCUAAUGACUUGUUACUGUUCUUUUUUUCAAUUUGAUUCUUUUUUUUGCUGUAUGCUGUAAAUUUAAAGAUUUUUUGGCAUUCAAUAAAGUUUGCCUGACUUUCUUUCACUUUUA